AUGGGCCCGCGCGACAUGACCAACCUCGGCGGCCCGCGCGUCGACGAGACGGCCGCGACCGCGGACGACGGCGUCUUUCGAGGCGCGCGCGUGAAAGCCCGCGCGGCGGCGCUCGACCUCCUCGCGGACGCCGCGACCCUCGUGACGCCGUUGCGUGGACGCCCGGGCGGCGGCGCGAGCGGCGACCUCGACGCCGCCACAGGCGGCGAUGUCACCGCGUCGAGCUGGCCCUCGCCCUCGCCUGCGCGCGCGCGCGCGCGCGCGCCGCCGCCGCCGUCGCUUCGCGUCGCCGCGCGCGACGAGGGCGAGGGGUCGCUUUCUCGGUCGGGCUCGCCGGCGGCGACUUCCCCCGCUCGCGCUCCCGCUGCCGCGCACCCCUCGCCUACCGCGUUCGUCAACGCCCUCCUCGGGCGCGAUCGCACGUCCGCGGCGGUUCCACCGGAAGGACGCGCGCGCGCUCGUCUCCAAGCGCCGAGGCACCUCGCGGACCCGCAAGGGGCGAAACACCUCGCGAGGCAGCGCACGCGACGGACGAACGCCGCGAGCGGCAUCUUGUCCGACCGCGUCGUGUCCGAGAUGCGCGCGCGAGCCGCGGACGCGGCGGAGAAGAUGAAGCGCAGCGCUGCACCCGUCCUCAUUUCCGGGUCGCCGCCGCCGCGCUCCGCGUUCGAGCGAUGGGCGCCGGAAGAGGACGACGAGCGAACGCGUCGACGACGGCGCCCGUCGUCGUCCCCGCCUCCUCCGAGCCUCGGCUUCGGUGAUCCGUUCAACGAGCCCUCCUCGCGCUUCGACGCGCGCGACGGGAUGCACGUCGACUCGCGCUCGUGGUCGCCGCCGCGCGCGCCGACGACGAUCGCCCCGAGUGGGCGCGCGUUCGACGCGUGGGAGGGCGAGCGCACGCCGCCGCGGCGGAGAGAUUUCUUCCGCGAUGAUCCGCCGCCGAACGUCCGCGACGUCGGCGUCCUCGCCGCGAGGGAGCUGCGCGGCGGCGGGCGCGGCGACCGCGACCGCGACCGCUCGCGGCGACACCUCGCGAAGUCCCGCGACUACUACGACUUCAGCGAUUUCGACGUCGACGAGGACGACUUCGACGGGGACGGGUUCAUCAUUCGACGGCCGACGACUCGCGACGUCGAGAUGUACGACGUCGACCGCGAACGCGAGGAAGAGGAAGAGGAAGCCGACCGCCGCCGCCGCCGCCGCCGCGCGUCGUCAGGGGACGACGGCCACGGCGAUCUCAUGUUCGAGCUCGAUAUGGAAUAUGCGGUGAGCCCGCCGAGCGGUGGACCGGGACCGGGACCGGGACCGGGCGGCGGCGGACGCGUCUGGGGCGGCGGGUCGCCGGUGCGGUUGCGUCCGACGCCGGCGUCGCCGUCGCGGCCGCCGUUCGGGGCGAGGCGCGCGCGGGUCGACCGCGAGCGGUGGUGA